AGGCUCGCAGCUGGUCCUUACAGCGCGCUACUUCCAAGCUUCUCUCUUGCAUGCUUCGACCUGUGUCCUAGUGAAUGUAGGAUCGACGGCUGAAAUGAUGCAUCCUGCCUGGCGAGAUGCUUGCUUGAAGGUUUUGCUCGGGGGUCGUCGCGCUCAACUGGCUGUAAUCCCCGAAGGCAACACCAGAGUUUGGUCGUGCAGUCAUGACAGAGGGUUCCAUACUUCCCCGAGCUCGAGAGCGGCUCAGAGAGCCCAGGCGCCGGCCAUGGAGGACUACCCUAGCGAGGUCAUCCGCAAUUUCUCUAUCAUAGCACACAUUGACCACGGCAAGUCAACGCUAGCAGACAGGCUCCUUGAGCUUACCGGAACGGUCCCGAAACUUCGGAAGGAUAAUCAACAAGUUCUUGACAAGCUGAAGGUCGAGCGAGAGCGCGGAAUAACAGUGAAGGCCCAGACUGCUAGCAUGUUCUAUAGCUACAUGAAUAAACGUUAUUUGCUCAAUCUUAUCGAUACGCCUGGACACGUUGACUUCUCUUGGGAAGUAGCAAGGUCGCUUGCGGCAUGUCAAGGUGCUUUGCUUCUUGUGGAUGCCACACAAGGCGUCCAGGCCCAGACCUUGAGUGUUUUCCACGUCGCGAAGGAGAAAGGCUUGGUUAUAGUCCCAAUUCUUAACAAAAUCGAUCUUCCUGCUGCCCAGCCAGAACUAAUGGCUGCGCAGAUGCAAUCGACAUUCGGAGUCGACCCUUCAGAUAUCUUACACAUAUCUGCGAAGACUGGCAAGGGAAUAGAAAAUGUACUACAAGCCAUUAUUGAACGCAUACCUCCACCAGCAUCGGCAUCUGCAAAGAAUGACAACCGGUUAAAAGCGUUCCUGUUCGAUUCAUCUUAUGAUAGAUAUAGAGGAGUAAUAUCGCUGGUAUCCAUACAAUCUGGUGUAUUACAGAAAGGUGAUAGAAUACAGUCCAUGGCGACGUCUAAACGAUAUGAAGUAACGGAUUUGGGGAUAAUGUCUCCUGAGGAGAAGCCAACCGCUUCACUCAGGGAAGGUCAAGUGGGCUGGAUGGUUUGUGGCAUGAAGGACAGUGCAGAAGCCCACGUCGGGGAUACCAUGCACAGGGUCGGAGAGACAGUAGAACCUAUGCCGGGAUUCAAACUCGCGAAAGCCAUGGUUUACGCAGGUAUUUUCCCGGUUGACAGUAAUGACUUCGUCAAAUUGGAAGAGUCUAUAAAGAGGUUAACGCUGACCGACCGCUCCGUUACGGUGUCGCGAGAGUCUUCCACUGCCCUAGGCCAGGGUUGUCGACUGGGCUUCCUUGGUACCCUGCAUAUGGACGUAUUCAGGCAAAGGCUUGAGGAUGAGUAUGAUGCCAACGUCAUCAUAACCGCUCCUACGGUCCCGUACAAGGUCAUCUACAGAGAUCGAGAACAACUUGUCAGCAAUCCUACGGACUUUCCUGAUGUCACCGACACUAGUAAUAAAGUGGUAGAGGUCCAGGAACCAGUCGUGAACGCAUCCAUCAUCGUGCCCGAAGAAUACCUCGGUGAAAUGAUGGAUUUGUGCUUUGCCCAUCGCGCGGAAGAGAUGGAUUAUCGUUAUCUCGACGUAUCGGGAGUAACCUCGUCGAGAAUACUGUUGAAGGCUGUGAUGCCGCUUAGUGAAAUCGUGACAGACUUCUUCGAUAAGUUGAAGAGCAGGUCAUCAGGUUUUGCUAGCUUCGACUACGAGGACGCUGGAUACAAGGCCAGCAAUCUAGCCAAGAUGGUGUUUCUGAUCAAUGGUAAGCCGGUCGAUGCCCUGGCUCUAAUCGUGCACCGCUCCGCGGAGCAAGCGGUAGGCCGAGCAUGGGUGAAGAAACUUCACAAAGUAAUUCCUCGCCAGUUGUUUGAAGUGCCGAUUCAAGCUGCCAUUGGCAAGAAGAUUGUGGCAAGGGAGACAUUGUCUGCAAUGCGUGCAGACGUUACAGCCGGUCUAUACGGCGGCCAUCACGAACGUAAACUAAAGCAUCUAGAGAACCAAAAGGAGUCGAAACGGCGCAUGAAGAAAAUUGGCAGCGUAGAUCUGCCUCAAGAAGCCUUUUUUGAUAUCCUCAGUUCCAAGAGCUGA